AUUUGACUACUUCCUGGCAGCUUUACGGCGGAGAGGCGCGCCAAUAAUUCAUGUGGAUACUGUCCUAUCACAUAAUACUGAAGCACCCUUAUAGACAUUUCAUGUGAUAACCAGUCAUACAAAACGGCAUGUAGGUAUCUGCCAACAUGACCUUUCAUAGAAAGCGCAAAAGAUAUUCCAAGGACAUCAAGUGUAUAUUCUUUCCUGAUGAUGAUGUCAAAGUUGGUGUCAGAAGAGAGCCUUCAGUCACGGUUGCCAAUUCUGCUACCAAGUCCUGGGAGAGAUGUGGAGACAGCUUUUUGGACACUCCUGUUAUGAAGAACCUACGUUCUGGAAAGAAAUGGCAAGCUGUACGACAACAUGCCCAGUCACCAGCACAAGUGAUGAGCAGCGGUCCACAGUGGGAUGAGGACCCAGUACACAUUGCGUGGAGCUCCAGUGACAGUGAGCUGUCUGACAGUGAGGCCCAUGCCACACAUCUUCCUCCCCCCCUCUCAAGCAGGGCUGUGGCUCAGGAGCCCGGCCGGCCCCGGAGACCAGCGGCCCCCAUCCAGGCCUGCAGCGGAGCCCGGCGCGUGCUCAACGCUGAGUGGGAUGCUCCAGAUGAGCUUCUGACGAUAGAUCCAGAAAGCGAUGUGGCCGAGCCUGGCUGUGAGGGAGAGGAGGAGAACAUCUCUGACUGUGAUUCUGUGUCCUACUCUGAGGAACCACAAGAAUCAUCACCUAAACUUACAACUGUGCCUGAGAUCUCAGAAUACCAGUCUGAGAAUGAGGUAGAGAGCCAUGACACCCUGGCACGGAGUAGCCUGCAGGCUGGGGAGAGGGAGGGCAGCAGAAGGUCAGUCAGUGACUGGGUCAGGUCUGCUCAGGCAGGCCUGCAGACACCCCGGAAACAGGGCGCCAGGAACCCCAAGACCCCGGAGGACUCCGCCAAAAAGAAGAGAACAUUUCAAAGUGGUGGCCUUGCGGAGAGGUUGAACCGACUGCAGUGCAGACAGAGGUCAGCCAUCAGCUUCUGGAGGCACCAGUCCAUCUCUGACAUUAAUGGUACCACCACAGUGGAGAAGCCUGGGGUGCUGGUGCUGGAGGUCCUGUCAGUCCGGGAGGAGAGCUCCAUGCUGCUGGCCCUGUGUGAUCAACACCAAACCCCUGCUACAGACCAGCACACGCCUUUAUCCAACACCUCCACCACCACCACCAGCGGAGCCGUCCAGCACAACCCCUCCACCACUGACUGCAGCCCCCAUCUCUCCACCACCAGCAGAGCCCGUGUCCUGGUACUGUUCAGUAAGGAGACAGCCUCCCGGCUCACGCCUACACCUAGAGACAUCAUCCAUGUGUAUCCGCCAUGGCAACGUCUCAUGAUGGAAGGCCAACACAAUAUUAUCCUCAAUACACACUUCAGCCAGAAAGUAUACUCUGACACUAAACCAGCCAGCCAAGGCCCGAUGCCCAUAGAAAAAUGCAAUCCAUACUCUUUGGUGAGGAUUUUUGGCCAGCUGGAGAUACACAAGUCCUUACCGGUGGUAGAGGGCAUGGUCCAACAGGUGUCUGCUCCCCAGUCUCUGUGCUGUGUUGGACGCCCAGUGGGAAGGAGCAGUGGGAGGUGUGACUCCCUGCUGGAGGCCAUGGAGGGCCUGGGCCAGGCUGGAUGGGUGGGGCAGGGUGUGGAGGUUGUGGUCCAGAGGGUCUACUGUACCCCUGUCAGGGAGCGCUCCAUCCAUGCUUUACUCAAGUCCAGACCCCCUGGCGGAUCCCCUACAGCACCUCCUGUCCAGAAGUGCAAGAACAGUCUGUGUGCGCUGGUCCAGGACAGCUAUGGGAUGUUUAGCGUGGUCCAGCUCCGCCCCCUGCCUUCUGAGGACCUCCCCCACUACACCAGCAAGUGGGAGGGCCGGACCUGCGUCCUGCGAGCCAUCAAAGUGGUCCAGCGGGUCACUCGGGAAAGGUGUACCACGCUCUUCAACCUGAUCGACAGCCUCUGGCCACCACUGGAGCCCCUCAAAGUACUUGGAGCAAAGGAGGGCGGUCGCAAUGACAGUAGGACAAAAGGCCCAGCCCCCAGUUUCUGUUACCUGCUGUCAGGCCAUGAGAACUCUGUAGAGCCUAUAGAGGGACAGCCUAUAUCGCCCCUAUACCUGCCUCCCACAGAACAGACCCUCAGAGACAUAACGCUGUGUGAGCUCAGCGGUCGUCGCUGCAGCUUUUUGGCCACUGUUCUCCACAAGAGGAUCCAGUCUCAGAGUGGUGAUGUGGGUCAGAGCCCGGGGGAGGUUUGGCUGAUGGUGACUGACCCCAGUUUGCAGGAGGAGCCACAGCCCGAGGGGCCACUGUGGAGACGAACGCAGGCCGUGUGCCUGACCACUUCCUGCGUGCUCACUUCCUCAGUUGCCAUGGCAAUAAGCAACCCCACCCUUGGCGCUUGUCUCUUGUCAUUCAGAGACGCUGUCAGGGAGCAUGGUAAUGUCGCUAGCCUGUCAUCUUGUGUGGUCGUAAAACAUCCAAAAUCACUGGAGCAGUGUACUAUCAACCUCACACCUUGGCAGAUAUCUGAGAGAUAAAGAGAAUGAAAUUGGCAUAGAACACACUACAGGACAUCUGGAGUCACAUGGUUGCUGCUUCUCUGACACGGUUCAGAAUGUAAGCCCCUCCAGCGUCAUGUCAAAGUGUUUGCUGUGUGAUGCUGUGAUUUGUCUCCGUGUUCAGGCGUGAUCCUGUGUGUGGAACAGACUGUUGUGCAGCUACAACCUCUGUUGUCUGUGCGGCGCUCAGAGCCGGAGAGCAUGGCGGUCCCAGGGCCAC